CCAAAUAACUCUCCAAUGAGCCCAAGUUCACGUCCAGGCCCAACACAUAGUCCGACUGAGCUGCCUCUCUCGACUCAGUGCGAGCGCGUGAGUUGCUUCCGAGUCAUAUUCACUUUGGCCUUCUUCUUCUUCUGCCUUCUCUGUCUUCUUCAUUCGGGAAGACAGAUCACUGAGCACCUAACAUCCAUGGCGCUUGAGAGCCUCGUCACUCAAAUUCAAGCCCUAUCGGGGAGCGCCGACGACAUCUCUCAGCUCCACGCUCACCUGAAGGCCGCCGAAGAGCCGCUCCAUUCCGAGCCGAACCAGCUGAGCUCUUUCCUCGACCAGCUCGACCCCGCCAAGCACUCCCUCGGCUACCUCUACAUUCUUGAGGGCUUCACUUCUGGUCCGGUCACAGAAGAGCAAGCGAAUGCCGUGGUUUUAACUAUUGCCAGAUUUAUCGAUGCGUGCGCUGCUGAUCAGAUUUGCUUGGCGCUGGAUAAGUUCAUCACUGUUUGCAAGAGGCUCAAGGAUCAAGUUCUGCUACUUGAAGCUCCCUUACGGGGUGUGUAUCCUAUGCUGACUGCUCUCCGGAAGCUCCAAACUACAACCGAACAUUUGACUCCCUUGCACCCUGAGCUCCUUCUUCUUUGUUUGUUGUCCAAGAGCUACAAAAUCGGUCUUUCCAUUUUGGAGGAUGAUAUUUUUGAGGUUGAUCAGCCAAGGGAUCUUUUCCUUUAUUGCUAUUACGGGGGUAUGAUAUGCAUAGGACAAAAACGUUUUGGCAAAGCACUGGAGCUUCUACGGAAUGUUAUAACAGCUCCAAUGAAUGCCAUCAAUGCAAUCGCUGUUGAAGCUUACAAAAAGUACAUACUGGUUUCACUCAUUCAACAUGGGCAGUUCUCAACUAGUCUUCCCAAGUACACUUCUUCAGUGGCUCAAAGGAACUUAAAAAACUUAUGCCAGCCAUACAUUGAGUUAGCCCAUACCUAUGGCAACGGAAGAAUCACAAUGUUGGAGAAUUAUGUCCAGGCAAAUAGGGAAAAGUUCGAAAAUGACAACAAUCUGGGUCUAGCUAAGCAGGUUGUAUCAUCCAUGUAUAAGCGUAGUAUUCAGAGGCUGACUCUGACAUAUCUGACUCUAUCUCUUCAAGACAUAGCUGAUGCAGUGCAGUUGAGUACCCCAAAGGAAGCAGAAAUGCAUGUUCUUCAAAUGAUCCAAGAUGGUGAGAUAUUUGCGAGCAUUAAUCAGAAGGAUGGUAUGGUUAGUUUCUUAGAGGAUCCUGAACAGUAUAAAACCUGUGAGAUGAUUGAGCACAUUGACUCCUCGAUUCAGAGGAUGAUGACGCUUUCAAAGAAGCUGACAUCUAUGGAUGAGCUGCUGUCUUGUGAUCCUCUGUACCUGGGAAAGGUUGGGAGGGAAAGGCAAAGAUUCGACUUUGAUGACUUUGAUACGGUACCCCAGAAGUUCCCUAUAUGAAGGAGAAACCCUCAAAGCGUGCAAAUGGCCUACCAGAGUUGACAACAGAGCAGUCUCAUUUGCAUAUCAGAGUCGAUACCGGAGCAGACUCUUUGAAGCAGUCGCACGGCCCUUCAUGUCAUUUUGCUUUAAAGUGAGAGAGAGACGUGUGAAUUUAUGUCUGGAUGGAUGCGAUUAAGUGAUCAAGUAGUUAGAGCCAUGGCCAUGUCGAAAGUUCUUUGUUCUAUUA